CGUUGGGGGCGGGGCAUACAUUUCGUGAGAGGAAAACAAAUCCAUCCCCACAUGCCCUCCCCUCCCGGCAUGGGAGUGGGAUUGUGUUCGAGGAUGUGGCUCGGGAUUGGGAGGGGUUGGGAUCAUGUGCAAAUUUGGGGGAUUGGGAGGGGUGCGGGAGUGAAAAGCCCCUCACGUGACCGCAGGCCCCCCAAAGCAGCAGAGCGAGCGCAACAAUGCAGGAAAGCAACGACAACCCAGAACAAAUCAAAUCGGAUUUAAGCAGCAAAGUCAAGAACAAGGACCCGUGCGUUCAACUUAGAGACAUUCAAGGCAAAUCGCCAUUUUGUGCCAAAUUCGCCAGGAUCGAGUGCUACGGCGUCGACACCAACUACGUCGCUUGCAGGAGGUGCGAGGUCCUGGUCAAGUACACGAGCGAGUCGGGCACGAGCGGCCUAAUCAGGCACAGAUGCCAGACGCCCAAGGCUGCCGACGAGCAAUGCCAACCAAACGCGGCGACCCCCAAACGCAAGUGCCCGGCGCAAGGCGUGUUCACGCGCCUGGCGGCCACAAUUGCGCGCAUGUGCAGCCAGGAUUUGCGGCCGCUUUCCUUUGUGGAGGGACGAGGCUUCGUGGCGGUUGCGCAAGAGUUGCUCGAGAUCGGAUCGAGGUUCGGAGGCAAGUUUCCGGUGGAAGGCAUCCUGCCGUCUGCGCGCACUCUCUCGAGACACCUGGAUGAAGCCUACGAACAAUUAAAAGGGCGUGUCAAGGACGAGAUUCGCCAGUGCCAAGGGCAUGCUGCGACCGUCGACCUUUGGACAGGGGCGAGGACAAACACUCGCUUUCUGACUCUGACGGCGCACUACAUCCACGAGUGGAAAAUGGUCCAUCGCGUCCUGGCCACCAGAGAGGUGGCGCACGCUGAACACAUCAAAAGCACUGCCGAGGAAAUCCUUCAGGAAUUUGGGAUCCUGAGUGAGGACAUUGUCUUGGUGACAGAUGACGGUUCGGAUGUGGUGGCCGCUUUCCAAGAUUACACGCGACUCUCGUGUGCCAGCCACAAUAUCGAUUUGAUCCUCCGACACGUUUUUGAGUGCCUGGAUGAGAAGAACCCGCUGCACGGGCCCGUCGUCAAGCUGAUGGCCGCCACAAAGGCGCUCGUCACCCAUUUGAAGAGAGAAGGACUGGACGACGACCUGGAGCAACCUUUGGAACAAGCAGCGGAAACGAGAUGGAAUUCCAAACUCGCCGUGCUCAAGUCAGUCAAUCACGCUCUCAAGUCCGGCGAGCUGCACGAAAUCCUGCACGGUCGAAAUGAGCUGCGUUUCCUGGACGACGUCGACGCCAAGCUCCUGGAUGACGUCACGUUGCUCCUGGCGCCGUUCGACGAGGCCACGCGCCACCUCUCGGCUGGCGCGCCCACGCUGCACUUGGUCCUCCCAACUAAAGUCACCCUGCUCAAGGCCUUGCUCCAGCACUACCACCACGACGGUCCCCUGGUGACGGAGCUGAAAGUGAAGUUGGCCCAGGCAGUGGACUCGAAGUUCCAAAUUCAUCUGUACCACAAGGUGGCCACCGCUCUGUCCCCUCGCCUGAGGACUUUCUUGAGGAAGACCGUGAGCGCUCAGGAAUAUGAGGAGGUCAUUAACACCCUGGCGCAGCUCAUCCAGAAAUCCCAGGCGCCAGAGGGUCUCGCCGUGGAAGGUGCCGGGCCCGCCGAGACCUCCGAGGUUGACGACUUCUUUGCCGCCUGCAUCGAAGAGGAGGAGCCUGAGGAAAAGGACGAGGGAUGGCUGACUGAGUCGUGGGAGCGGCAGGUGGUGCGGCAGUACAUGAGCGACAAGGUGCCGCUCUCUCACUCGCUGCUGGACUUCUGGAAGAACAGGUCAGGCGUGCUGCUGCCCGUCGCCAAGAAGUUUCUGUCCAUCCCAGCAAGCGCCACGCCGUCGGAACAAGGCUUUGCUCUUGCCGACAGACGCGCCGCACUUAACCCGCAAAACGUGGACGCUUUGUUGUUCCUGCAUAGCAACAGCCAAGUAUAGGUGACCUCAAACAUUCCAUGUUUCUUUUUCAACUCUGGACUGUGUUCAGAUGUGCUGAUGAGUCCAUGCGGUUGUUAAUAAAGUUUUGAUUUGGUUCGUGAUCA